ACAAACCAAACUGCCAAACCCUGCCACAAGGCAAGAACACACACCCAUUGCUUCUUCCUUCCCCAGUUCGCCUCUCUCGCCAGAACCAGAACCAGAGCCAGAGCCAGACCAAACCUGAGCCUGACCAACCCACCCACUGGACCGGACCGUGCCCCGCUUGGUCCAGCGCCGGCCCUGCCUGGAGGCUCCGCUCCCUCCCGCGAUCCACUCCUCUCGAGCUCGACGGGACGGAAGGAAUCCCGGGCGGCGGGGGCCAGGGGGAGGGAGAAGAGCAGCCGGCCGUGGAGGGUAACGGCUGCCCAAGAACCUGACCGACCGGAGGCAGGCAGGCAGGGAGGAGGUGAGCGAGCGGCGGAGAGAUGGGGCAGGCCCUGCGCAGGCUCUUCGAUUCCUUCUUCUCCACCAGGGAGAUGAGGGUUGUGAUGCUUGGUCUGGAUGCAGCUGGUAAAACAACUAUACUGUACAGGCUGCACAUGGGAGAGGUUCUUUCAACAGUCCCUACAGUCGGUUUUAAUGUUGAGAAGGUUCAGUAUAAGAAUGUGGUAUUCACUGUGUGGGAUGUGGGUGGGCAAGAAAAACUCAGAUCACUGUGGAAGAUGUACCUGAGUAAUUCUGAUGCACUGAUCUAUGUCGUUGAUUCUUUGGACAGAGAAAGGAUCAGAGAUGCAAGGCAAGAAUUCCAGACCAUUAUCAAGGACCCUUUGAUGGCAAACAGCAUAAUCUUGGUAUUCGCAAACAAACAGGAUCUGAGAGGUGCGAUGAGCACGGAUGAGGUUAGCGAAGGACUGGGGCUGCAUGAUCUCAGGAACAGAAUAUGGCACAUACAGGGGACCUGCGCACUCCGUGGUGAGGGCCUAUACGACGGGCUUGACUGGCUUGCGUCCACCCUGAAGCAGUUGCAAGAAUCGGGUCAUGCAACUUCGGUUGCUGGCCCUUCCAUCUAAUCCAGUGGAAGUGAGCUCAGUGCCUCAACCAACUGACAGGGCUCCUGCCAUGAUUCGCCACAAGCCCACAAGAAUAUGCUCCAGCACAAGAAUUCCUUGGUGUGGCUGCCCGCUGAUGGAGUUCCUUUGUGUUGGUAUCAUAUCAGCCAGUUCAUCCGGCAGGAACUCACAUACCUUUCUCCUGAGAUUGUUUGUAAAUUGUUGAACGAAUGUAAUGCCGACAUUGUUGAUCUUGUGUGUAUACUUGAGGGCUGGUGCACGUGGUUGUGUUUGUUUGUUGUUUGACUGCUUCACAAUAAAAGAGAUCCUCUGUGAUUCUGGUGAUUAGAAGCUUUGUCAAGUGCUCAAAAAUUAAGAAUGUAUUGCAAUUGUUUU